UCUCUCUCUCUCUCUCUCUCUCUCUCUCUCUAUCAAUACACCAGCCUGCUGCUACACAUUUUCCGUUUUUUUUCCACGUCGUUUUCGGCUGGUCCAAGGACUUCCGCGGCCGUCACCUCGCCAUACGUAGUACGUACGUAUGCACAUUAAUAAGCGCCACUUCUUUGCGCGUAAUUAUUCACCAUAGUUCAUUAUCCGUCACGUUGCCGGUCAGUAGCGCAGUUCGUGGUAUCCGACACCUAUUCCCUCCCGGCACACAGCGCAUUAUUCACAAUAAUAUUCGUUCGGUGCUCAGUAGUCCACGACACAGCUGUUCGUCCGGUCGUGUGCAGUGGUCGUCCGAGGAGAUUUCAGGCAGUAGCACACCUGAACCCCAUGUAGGUAGCUCGCGCCGAGACGGUCCGCCCGAAAAGGAUUUCGAUUUUUUUUUUUGCAAUCAGUUCCCUUCUUUUCGCGCGUCAACGGGCCCGCGACGACGACUACACGCUUGCCACAGCGGACUAUAAUAUACAUCAUCGAUCCGGCGACACCGUCGUCAGACACGGUACCAUCGAUCUCGUCGUCCGAACGCAGAAAGAAAAAUGCAUCGAGCACAGUCAGUUGUAAAUCAAUUAGUUCCUUGUGUGCCACAAAUCGUUGGCAGACAAAAAUUUGCGACAUGGUUAAUUGGACCUAAAUCUAGAUCUCUGAUAAGAGCUACCCAAUCAUUACCCGUUACAGAGAAUAAGUAUUCAACUAAUGUUAACCAAGAGCAAUUUCUUAAUGGUACUUCAGCUUCUUAUAUCGAGGAUAUGUACAAUGCAUGGUUAGCAGAUCCUAAAAGUGUCAAUGUUUCUUGGGAUACUUUUUUUAAAAACUGUGAUGCUGGAGCUCAGCCAGGUGCAGCAUAUCAGGCACCACCAUCAUUGGCUCCACCAGGAAAAAAUGAAGUAUUAUUGUCUAGUUUAUUACCUGGAGGACAAAGUGCAGCAGCUAUUGGUGGAGGAUUUAGUGAAAAACUUAUUGACGAUCAUUUGGCAGUACAAGCGAUUAUAAGAUCAUAUCAGGUUCGAGGUCAUUUUGUAUCUCAAAUUGAUCCCCUUGGAUUUACAAAUGCAGAUUUGGUAAAGGCUCGCAAAAAAGGUAGACCUCAUGAUGUUGUUCUAAGACAACAUUCAAUUGAGGAAGCUGAUAUGGAACGUGUUUUUAAACUACCGUCUACAACGUUUAUUGGUGGCAAAGAAAAUGCAUUACCAUUAAAAGAAAUUUUGAACCGUUUAGAAAAUACAUAUUGUCGUUCAAUUGGUGUUGAAUUCAUGUUUAUAAAUUCAUUGGAACAAUGUAAUUGGAUUAGGCAACGAAUGGAAACACCAGGCAUAAUGGAAAUGGAUAAAGAUCAAAAAAGGCUUAUAUUAGCCCGACUUACUCGAGCCACAGGAUUUGAAUCUUUCUUGGCUCGUAAAUGGUCGAGCGAAAAACGAUUUGGUUUAGAAGGGUGUGAAAUUUUAAUACCGGCCAUGAAACAAGUUAUUGAUAAGUCUACUGAGUAUGGUGUAGAAUCAGUUAUUAUGGGUAUGCCUCAUCGUGGGAGAUUAAAUGUUUUAGCAAAUAUUUGUCGUAAACCUUUAAGUCAAAUAUUUACGCAAUUUGCUGCGUUGGAAGCUGAAGAUGAUGGAUCAGGAGAUGUUAAGUAUCAUUUGGGUACAUACAUAGAACGUUUGAAUCGUGCAACAAAUAAGAAUGUACGUCUAGCUGUUGUGGCUAAUCCAUCACAUUUAGAAGCUGUAGAUCCAGUGGUACAAGGGAAAACUAGAGCUGAACAGUUCUACAGAGGAGACGGUGAAGGAAAAAAAGUUAUGUCUCUUUUACUUCAUGGAGAUGCAGCGUUUUGUGGUCAAGGUGUUGUGUAUGAAACAUUCCAUUUAUCUGAUCUUCCCGAUUAUACUACUCAUGGAACAAUUCAUAUUGUUGUUAAUAAUCAAAUUGGUUUCACUACUGAUCCGCGACAUUCACGAUCGUCACCGUAUUGUACAGAUGUUGCUAGAGUUGUAAAUGCUCCAAUUUUCCAUGUAAACUCUGAUGAUCCCGAAGCAGUUAUGCAUGUCUGCAAUAUUGCUGCUGAAUGGAGAAAUGUUUUCCAUAAAGAUGUUGUCAUUGACCUUGUAAGUUACAGAAGAUAUGGUCAUAAUGAAAUAGAUGAACCCAUGUUCACACAACCUAUCAUGUACAAAGUAAUAAAAAAGACUCCACCAGUUUUGGACAAAUAUGCAGCAAAAUUAAUUGAAGAAAAAGAAGUUACUCAAGAAGAAGUUAAGGACGUUUGGGAUAAAUACGAUAAAAUUUGUGAAGAAGCUUAUACUGCUUCACGUAAGGAAACUACCAUUAAAUAUAAAGAUUGGUUAGAUUCCCCAUGGUCCGGAUUCUUCGAGGGCAAAGAUCCAUUAAAAGCCUCAAAGUCUGGAGUAAAAGAAGAAACAUUAAUCCAUAUUGGCAAACGAUUUUCGUCACCUCCUCCAAAUGCUGCUGAAUUUGUUAUACAUAGAGGUAUUGAAAGAAUUUUAAAGGCUCGCAUGCAAAUGGUUGAAAAUCGUACUGUUGACUGGGCAUUAGGAGAGGCAAUGGCUUUUGGAUCUCUAUUAAAAGAUGGAGUUCAUGUUCGAUUAAGUGGACAAGAUGUUGAAAGAGGCACAUUUUCCCAUCGACAUCAUGUACUUCAUCACCAACUUGUUGACAAAGCCACAUACAGACCUCUGUGCAAUUUAUAUCCUGACCAAGCAUCAUAUACUGUAUGCAAUAGUUCUUUGUCUGAAUUUGCUGUGUUAGGUUUUGAAUUGGGAUUUUCAAUGACUAAUCCAAAUGCUUUGGUGUGCUGGGAAGCUCAGUUUGGUGACUUCAAUAACACUGCUCAAUGUAUAAUUGAUCAGUUUAUUGGCUCUGGACAAGCUAAAUGGGUUAGACAAUCUGGUCUUGUUAUGUUACUGCCUCAUGGUCUUGAAGGAAUGGGACCGGAACAUUCAUCAGCCAGACUUGAAAGAUUCUUGCAAAUGAGUUCUGAUGAUCCAGAUUAUUUCCCUCCAGAAAGCGAUGAAUUUGCUGUACGCCAAUUGCAUGAUAUUAACUGGAUUGUUGCAAAUUGUUCUACACCAGCUAAUUAUUUCCACAUACUUCGUCGUCAAAUUGCCCUACCGUUCCGUAAACCACUUAUUAUGAUGACUCCUAAAUCUUUGUUACGUCAUCCUGAAGCUAAGUCUAGUUUUGAUGAAAUGAAUGAAAACACUGAAUUUUUGAGAAUAAUCCCUGAAAAGGGUACUGCAGCUGAUAAUGCUUGCAAUGUUAAACGAUUAAUAUUCUGUUCUGGACGAGUAUACUAUGAUUUAACCAAAGCAAGAGAAGAACAUAAUCUUGUGGAUACUGUAGCUAUUGCUCGAGUUGAACAAAUAUCACCAUUCCCAUUUGAUUUAAUCAAACAAGAAUGCGCCAAGUACCCUAACGCAGAUAUUGUAUGGUCACAGGAAGAACAUAAAAAUCAAGGACCAUGGCCUUAUGUGCAACCAAGGUUUCACACAGUAUUGAACAACACCAAAACUAUUAGGCCAUCUGUUAAAAAUUCUGACGGAUUUUUUUCACGAAUAUUUUCUUUGCGUUCAAAUGACGGUGUUACAAAAACAAGUUUAUCCGACCAGAAAAAUCCAACUCAAAGUAUUAGUUAUGCUGGACGACCAACAGCAGCAUCAUCUGCAACUGGAAGUAAAAUGCAACAUUUAAAAGAACUAAAAGCACUUCUGGACCGGUCAUUUGCAGUUUAAAAUUAGUAAAAAAACAUAAAUAAAUUAAAUGUCAACAUAAUAUCCAAGUAUGUGGUAGAUGUUAAUAUGUUAAAUCAAAUUCUCUGUAUUUUUAAAACAUAAUAUGCUAACAUUUUAUGUAUGAUUCAACCUUAUACAUACAUUGUAUUAAAAAUUGUUAAUUUAUUAUUUAAUAAAAAUGUUAUUAGUUUUUAAUUGUAUCAUAGUAUUUGAUUUACAGCUUAAAAUAUAAGGUUUUGUUUAACUCACUUAAAUAUUAUUGAUUUUAUAAACCAUGAUUUGUUUUUAAUUUCUUGGACAGCUUUAUCACCAUACCUAAAAUUUUUAAUAUCUACUAUAAACUUUGUUUAUUUAAUUCACAUAAUGUUUGCAUAGCAAACCAAACUAAAUUAUGUACUUAUACCAUUCAAUGUGAAAGUAUUUGUAAGAUAGUAAAUAUUUAAAUUGACUACCAAAAAUGUAUUUAGUUAACUGAGUCUUCAGUAUUGUAUGUUAUGUUAUAUUAUUAUGGUAGUCGUUAAUAAUUUAAAUAAUUUAAUGAAUUUGUACCUACUGCAAAAGUAUUCUUUUAAACAAUCACUAAUGUUAUUGACUUAAUGCACCAAUUACCUACGAUCAACUUGUAUGAUUAAAGCUCUAUUGUGUUAUUCGUUAAAAUAUAUUUUGGUCCAUACUACAGACUUUUCA